GGACCAAUACGGAUUAAAGAUGGCGCCCUCUCAUACGGUGAGGUGCUGCAAACGGGCUCUUAACUGGAUACCUGUCCUGUUUAUUAACCUGGUCGUUGGCUGGUCUUACUACGCAUAUGUUGUGGAGCUUUGUGUCUAUACAAUCACAAACAAUGCAGAGCGAAUCAGCUACCUGGUCAUCUUCCACAUAUUCUUCUUCAUGUUUAUAUGGUCAUACUGGAAGACCAUCUGCACCAGACCUGCCCAACCAUCAAAAGUGUUCACCUUGCCGAGAGCAGAGAAAGAAAUGUUUGAAAGAGAAGAACAAGCGGAGAUGCAACAGGAAAUUCUGAAGAAAGUGGCGAGGAAUUUACCCAUCUACACACGUACAGCAGGAGGAGCGAUCCGAUACUGCGGCCUCUGCCAGGUAAUCAAACCUGACCGCUGCCACCAUUGCUCUACCUGUGAGAUGUGUGUGCUUAAAAUGGACCAUCACUGUCCUUGGGUGAACAAUUGUGUUGGCUUCUCAAACUACAAGUUCUUUGUCUUGUUUUUGGCAUAUGCUUCGCUUUACUGCGGAGUCAUAUGCGCUACCGUCGUCCAGUACUUCAUCAAAUUCUGGACUAAACAUCUUCCCAACACGCACGCCAAAUUCCACAUAUUAUUCCUUUUCUUUGUGGCAGCGCUGUUUUUCAUCAGCAUCCUAUCACUCUUCAGCUACCAUCUCUGGCUUGUAGGCAUGAACAGGACCACCAUAGAGGCUUUUAGGGCCCCGGUGUUUGUGAAAGGUCCAGACAAAAAUGGAUUUUCUCUCGGCUUCAAACGAAAUGUUGCCGAGGUGUUUGGAGAUGAAGCCAAGCGCUUUAUAUUCCCUGUUUUUACCAGUCUGGGCGACGGGCAUUCAUUUGUAACCAGACUGGUGCACAUAGAUCCUGAACAGGCAAACAGCAUCUUGCAACAAAAUGGCAAAAGUCUUUCUAAUGAGGAACUAAGCCCUAAUGGACUGGCCCACGAUACACAACACAAAGUGAAUGACAACAAGGAUGAGAAUGGUGGAAUCCAAAUAGUGUCGGUGGCCAUGGAAAGUGAGCCAUAGAAGCUGACCUCACUCGCUGCCUUGACCAUCAGCAACGUCCACAGGAGCCAUCCUGUCCUCAGCUAGACUUCGACACUCCCAAUAAUUGUUUUUGCUUCUUGAUACUCCAAGGGCUUUUUUUAGACUGCAGCAGUCUGAUCCAGAGGUUUGCAUUAGUUGUGGUCCAAAAACAUUAACAACAAACUGGUAGGGCUUUACCCCCCGAGCCAGUGUGCAUAUUUCACUUCAAUAACAAAUUUCCAUUCUAUUCAGUAUUAGACUAGCAUCAUUGAAUAGCGCUCAUGUUUGUGAAGCUUCAGUACACACUGAAUGGGUCAGGAGAGAUGAAUGCUGCCAACCAUAUGUGCAAUAUGUCCAAGAAGAUUCAGCACAAUGAAUCACUUUUUUUUUUUUAAACUGGGUUCAGUUAAUGUGAAAGGAUUUAUUUUUGUUUACAGCAUUUAACUUUGUAUUUUGUCACAUUUAUUAAGUCAUAUUUAUUAUUUCGGCUUUAGGCGUGAGAACUAAAUCAAGUUUAACUUGAUACCUUAAGUGUCAUUUCAGAGAUUUUUAACAUGUAUGUACUAGCAACUUGAACGGCACUAUCAAUAUUUGUAAAUGACUUCCUUAUACUGUUUGUAAGUUUAUAACCUUUACCUCUUUAUUUGUAUAGCGCUUUUACAACAGCUGUCGCUGUAACGGAACAAAUCUUAAAUAUUAUAAAGCACAGUGAUGAUUUAA